UGGACCCAGCAGAGGAUGUGAGCCUUGCCUCUGAGGAGACAAACCCAGGGGAGCAUCUGCCAGGAGAGGAGGCUGCAGCCAUGAUUCUAGAUGUUGAGGAGAAGACCGAUUCAGUCAGUAAAAGGGAGGAACCGGAGGGCACCGAGCCUGAGCCUGCAGGAGCAGAGGAGAGCUCUGAGCUGCCUUCUGUGUGGAGAGAGGAGAGCAAUGGGCCUUCCCCUGCAGCACCAGAAGAUGUUGGGGCACCAUCACCAGGACCAGCUGAGGACAGUGGGCUGGUAGAGGGCAGUGACAGCUCUGUAGUGGAAGCCAUCGAUAAAGUACAUAUUACUGAAGAGGAUCACCUAAUUGAGGGUGAGACGGGAGAACAGGUGGAAACUGAGCUGCUCAGUGAGACAGUAAGUGGAGGGCCUGAAACAAAAGAAGAAACAGGAGAAGCUGUGGAUAGUGCAGCAGCGACAGACAUGGCAGGCAGCUGCUUUCUGCAUUUUAACAUGAGAGCAUCAAAAAUACUUUGGUUUACCUUAAGAGACAUUUUUGGAAGCAAUCAAUUGGAAGUCAUGGUUUUUACAUGGAUUGUCUUUAUACAAUACAUGAACCUUACCAGAGAUACAUUAUCCAGCUCUGGAGAGAAUGCUAGACUGUGA